AACACCACGCAUACUGAAAUAUCAAAACGAGAGGACCAAACAUAAACACUCCCUCUCUUCUUCCCAUUGGUGUUUCAUUUCACUCUCCACUCCACAAUAUGGCGGUUGUUGGUGUUCUCGCUUUACAAGGUUCUUUCAACGAACACAUAGCAGUUUUAAGAAGAUUGGGUGUGAAAGGUGUUGAGAUACGAAAACCAGAACAACUUCUCACCAUUAAUUCCCUUAUCAUCCCUGGUGGUGAAAGCACCACUAUGGCUAAACUCGCUCAAUACUUCAACCUGUUUCCGGCUUUGCGGGAGUUUGUGCAAAUGGGAAAGCCAGUUUGGGGAACCUGUGCAGGACUAAUUUUCCUGGCCGAUAAAGCUACAGGACAGAAGACUGGUGGACAAGAACUUGUUGGUGGACUUGAUUGUACUGUGCACAGGAAUUUCUUUGGCAGCCAGAUUCAAAGCUUUGAGACAGAGCUUGCUGUACCAGAGCUCGUCUCCAAGGAAGGUGGUCCUGAAACAUUCCGUGGAGUUUUUAUUCGUGCCCCAGCAAUUCUUGAUGUAGGUCCAGAAGUUCAAGUCCUAGCUGAUUAUCCUGUACCUUCUGACAAAAAGCUGAGUUCUGAUUCCUCUGUUGAAGAUAAAAAGGAGAAUGCUGAUGAAAAAAGCAAAGUUAUAGUUGCUGUGCGACAAGGGAACAUACUGGCGACUGCUUUUCAUCCUGAAUUGACAGCUGAUACUCGAUGGCAUAGUUAUUUCUUGAAGAUGGGAAAUGUGACCGGAGAAGAGGCCUCGAGUAGCGUUGUUCCAGCAGAAGUGAGUACAAAUAAUAAGCUACAAUCACAGAACGACCUUCCUAUCUUUCAAUAGGACUACACUAUUGACUUUCUUUAACGAUCAUGGAUGUUUUUUUAAUUUAUAAAAUUUCCUUUGGAAACAUUACCUGAGAAUCGUUAGAUCUUAGAAGAAAGUUUAAUAUUCUUUUUGGGAUAUAGUAUAUAUUGGUGUUUUCUGUAGUUAUCUAUCUACUUUAUAAUUGCAUUUGCCUUUAAAAGUGUUACAAAAUAUUCAUUACAGCA